AUGGACGGCAGUCGCAUUUUGUUUGCCUGUAUCAUUGGUGCCGUUGUCACUGCAGUUUAUUCAGAGCUGGACAAAAAAAUUGUUAACAUAAAUUCCGAAGGGGAUAAGUACUUGUCGAGUAAGCACUACCGUGGCAAACAUACAGAGACGUCCAGAGAUAUCAGUAACAAGGAAUAUUACUCCAAGACUUCCAGUAUGGGAAACAACAGAGAAAAUAUCAGAAACGCCAAGUAUUCUGAGGAGAAAACUGAGGAUUACAGCGAUGGUAAAGAGGAGAAGCAAUACAACACAGAUAAUAAUGGCAAAGUCAAGGAUAAAAACUGGGGGACAGAUUAUGGCAGUGACUACAAAGGCGACUCUGACGUCGGAGAAGAUAGUGAAAGCGGAGGUAAAAAAGAAUACAGGCGUGAUGGCAUCAACGACGUGGGAUCCUCCAAAGACUCAUACACUUCCCUAGACACUGCUGACGUCACGUGUUCAUACGGUGUGAAGUUUAUUGCCCACCCUGAGGAAUGCACCAAGUUCUACCAGUGUGCCCACUUGAAGCCGUUCCUGUUUACAUGUCCCAGUGGGCUGUACUUCAACACCCACCUGGAAGUAUGCGACUGGCCGUCUAACGUUGACUGCUCCAAUGAUGACGCGGGUGGACCCAGUUACAAGACUAGCUAUAAGACAAGCAAGAAGUUGAAGCAAGGACCCAGCUACCAGUCUGCAGAUCAACCGGACUACCACCAUGAUGGGGAAUAUAAAACCAAACCUAAGUCCAUAUCCCAUCCACGAGAGAUGACGUCACACAAGUCAGACCCCACUGAGUAUGAAGACACUGACGAGGACAGUCAGGAUACCGUCAGUCAGUCCAAUGUUGACACCGAUUCACACAUGUUCAAGGACAAUAGCAAAUACAAUAAACAUUACCAGUCAAGGUCGUCACAAAAAUCGUCGUCCAACUACCCGCUAACAUCCCCCUAUCAUCACAUGAUGGCUCCCUUCCUGCCAGUUGGUGCCAUGCAUUUCCCGAUGGUUCCAGUGAUGCAGUCACCACUGUACCAGCCAUUCGUACCGCUUCAUGCUGGUCCCAACCAGUCUCCGGUGUUCCUCUUCAAGAAAGUAGACGACCAGACGAUUAAGCAGUCAGGAGAUCAGGCGCUUAAGGAAAGCACAGGGAGCAAAGAGAGUAAGAUACAAGAGGACUCCACCUACCAGACCAAGAAGACUGAAUCCAGCGACAAGACACAUACCAGCCGUAGCUCCACCAUCAGCGACGACAAGACGCAGGUGCAGACGGUAAAAAAGGUCAUCAUCAAGAAGAGUCGGCCUGUCUUCAAACAAGACGUGUCUGGGAAAGACAAGACAGACCAGGCCAGCAGUAAGCGCUUCUACUACUAUUAUUAUGAGGAUGACAUUAAAGACAACGACAAGAAGACCCAGGGCCUGGGCGUCAAGAAGGACGAGACAAAGAACGUGUACUAUUAUUAUGUUGAUGGCGGUAAAAGUGACUCCUACAAAGAUAAACGACCGUUGCACGACUACGACAACAAAUAUGACUACUACUACGGCAACAAUAAUUACGACUACAACUACGAAGACAACAGCGGCAAAGGGAAUUCCCGCGUGCAACAUCUGGUCUCAGUGGAUAACAAAUACAACAACAAGAACAAGAAACAGCUGAAAACCAGCGCCAAUUAUAAAGCAGCUAACGAGAUAUCAGACGAAGAGCUAGGUGUCAUUCACUUCAAUCAUCUGGGUCGGGACUCAAAGACAAAAGCCAAGGGAGAGGUACUGGGGGACAUCAGCUCUCUGCUUCCCUUGAUGUUGCUGGGUGGGGCCAGUGGUGGGCAACAGCUUCUGAUGACGUCACUGCUUCUGUCCGGUUUGAAGUCUGGAGGAAAUAGAAAAGGAGAGCAAACCAAGGGCAAGGGUGACAAGGACGAUAUAAUUAAACAACUGGUCCUACUUUCUCUGCUCAACGGAAAUGGAAAUAAUAAUCCCCUCACCGGAAGUGGAAAUAAUAACAUCCCCACCGUAAACGUCCCUAAUGUCCAGAUGAUGAACGGUCAGUUUGUGAACAUCGCUACAGGACAGCCGGCUGUACUUCUUGAUCCUGUCACGGGACAGCAAGUGACACCUGCUCAGGUGUCAGUGAAUCCAACCACAGGUCAGCUUGCGGUCACAGCUACAGGCAACCCUGUCUUCCUGCAGGAUUCUCUCACAGGAAAUCUUCAGCCAGCCAUUGUUGGCAACACCAUACAAGGGAAUCCACUUCUGCCUGUCACCGCUAGGAGGAGGCCAGGAAGGCGAGUCAACUUUGGCGCCAACAUGAACAACAUCAAUAACCGAUUUAUCCCCCUUGCACCAGCUCUGGCCAACCAACAUACAGCAACAAGUGCGUCUGGUCAUGAUGCCGUGAACCUCAUCUUCUUGUCUCCCUUGACACCAUCUUCCUUGCCUCCACCAAUCAACAACGAUGGCAGCGCCACCCUCAUUCGUGGAUCUCUCCGCGAUAUUCUGGGGCCCAACUUGGCAAACUUCAUCAGCAAUGUGCCCCUGGUGCCAGGUCAAGGGCUCCCGAACUCUGCUGCUGGAAGUAAACAAUCUUGCAAUGUUGUCAGAAGUGGUGAGACUGUACCUUUCCGGAUAAGUCCGCGUGGGGGACGCUUGUUACCAUCAGAGUGUGACGCCAUUGGGAAACUGUUGGAUAAGUUUGUGCCGACCUUCCUCCAAAACUUUGUUCCAAGCGACGCCGCCUUCGCAGGCUUUGGCAGCAGCAACAGAAACAGCAACAACAGUCAACAGAGUGUCACCAGCAGGCCAAACAUCAUUGAGGCUCCUACCGCUAGCAGCAACACUGUCAGCAGUGGUACCAGCAACUUCAUUGGUGGCGGCAGCAUUAAUGAUUUUAUUAAUGUGAGAAAUGAUCAUAAUGGCUGUAUCAUUGCUGUGCCCAAUAUUGUGUCGCAAUGUUAA